CCUUUAUUAUAUAAUUCGCUGUAAGUUACGUUCAUACUCCGCUCCCCGCAGGCAACGCACAGGUGUCACACACGCAUUUUGUUAACACUCACGUUUCUUUUAUCGGUCCACCUUUUUGAGCAUUGAAGAGCAUUAAAAAUGCGACCAAUUUUGUUCGGGACGAUAUUAGUGUCAAUAGCAGUCGCUUAUUACGUUCAUAUCCCUCUGCCCAGCAAUGUAUCAGAGCCAUGGACGCUCUUGUUUACGGAUGCAGUAAUACGUAGCAUAAUGGACGUGAGUUUUUUAGCUCACGAUAUGGGACUGAGUCAUCCCUUCGCUUUUGUUAAAUACUUCAUGGCAUGGAAUGAGAUAGAGAGCGCACAGUCUAGCCCGGGCGUCCGUGUCAGAGACGCGUCCUUUGCUGGAGUACAUGCCCGAGUGUUUGAAACCACUUUAGCAGGCCACUUAAAAAGAGGUGUGGUCUAUUUUCAUGGAGGUGGAUGGACACUUGGUAGUGCAAAGAUGAAGUCGUACGACUCGCAGUGUAGACGGAUGGCUGAAGAAUUGGAUGCAGUCGUUAUAUCUGUCGAGUACCGUCUAGCCCCAGAGGCACGUUUCCCAGAUCAGUACAAUGAUGCUCUCGAGGCCUCCAAACGUAUCCUGACAGCGGAGGUGCUUGAUCGGUACUCUAUAGACCCAGAAAGAGUGGCCGUGUCAGGAGACAGCGCUGGGGGGAACCUAGCCGCUGCUGUCACCCAUCAGAUGGCCUUAGAUGCAAGUGCACCCACUAAGUUUAAAGUUCAGGCCCUCCUCUACCCCGUUCUCCAGUCCCUGGACUUCAACACGCCCUCCCACCAGCAAAAUCACAAUAUGCCCAUCCUGAACGCUCCCCUCCUGGCCCGCUUUGUCCUGGAGUACUUUAAUGGGUCUCAGGCACUUGUUCCUUCUUUGCUGGCGAACAGGCACUUAGCUCUGAAUCAGAGCCAGGAGAUAGCAGCAGCCAAAGCUAAGAUCAACUGGACCCGGCUUCUUCCGCUGUCCGUUCAGAAGAACUUUAAGCCUGUGGUUCCGCUGCAGGGUGACCCAAAGAUGGUCCAGAUUCAAAAGUUUAUGCUGGAUGUGAGAGCUUCUCCUUUACUAGCUGCACAGGAGGUGUUGAAAGCUGUGCCACCCACUUAUAUCAUGACCUGUGAGCUUGACGUGCUGAGAGACGAUGGACUGAUGUACGGCAGGCGACUGGAGGAGGCUGGAGUCGCCGUCACCAUUGAUCACUAUGAAGAUGGUUUUCAUGGAUGCACAAGUUUUGCGUUCUCGCCCACUCCGUUCACGGUUGCAUUGCGAAGCUUUGGAAACUUCAUCCGAUGGUUGAAGGAGAACCUGUAGGAGGGGUUUUUGACUAAUUAAAUUUGCAUUUUAAACGUU